CUCUUCUCUCUUCCCUCCUCUCCACGGGCGCUUCCCGCCUCCUCACCCAACCCGCCCGCCCUUCCAGUCGGGCUCGGUGGGGACCGCACGUUCGCCGGUUCGGACCGUGGGAUCGGUACCCUAGAGGGAGUGGUUGGCCCCGGGAGGCAUCCGAGUAGUCGCGCCCUUGGCUGGAGUCAUGUCCACCUGAGAAGGACAUACUCUCCCUGCGCCAGGUGCUUCCGGAACGGCAUCCUAGCCCUGGGCACGGCGGUCACCUUGCCGGGACGGAGAGUCCCCGGUUCCCGCUGGUAAUCCGAGGGCGGGGCCGGCUGAGCUUCCAGGACCAUUUCCCAGCUCCUCUUCCCGUCUGCCCGCCCACUGUCCUCCAAACUGAUAAAGAAACUGAGGCAGGGAAGGAGGAACUGGUGAUCAGGUUUCCGCUUGCCUUGACUUGCUGUUUCAUCUAUUCAUAACCGUCUCUCUCCUGCCCACAAUAGUCACACCCUUUCCAGAAAUUCUUGGCUAGUAACCGCGAAACCGAAGGGGAGCAGAAGCAGGAAGAACUGGAGAGAACUGCUGUAAGCUGAAGACUCCAGCUAGGAGCUGAAGCUGCCAAUUGUAAUAACUAGCAUUUGCAAAACGCGCUCACAGGUGGCGCCCAUCAUUGAUCUUUAACUCGGCACUCCACAGUCUCCUGGGUGACUCAUUUCAGCUUCCUCCAGAACUGAGCCCUUUGCUGGACCCAUGCUCCAAUUCAUGUUCCCAUGACAAGGUGGAUAGCAUUCCUUGUGCCUGCAACCCAGAAUCCUGGCUGACCACAUUGAAGCAGGAUGCUUCAGCAGGUUAAUGGCAGCAGCCUGGGCUUCGAUGCCCAAGGCAGUGAAUCACUCAGAGAAGACCUGCGGGAUUUCCUUCUUGGGGAUGCCCUCCUGCACCAGCUGGAUGACCUCACCAAGGUGAAUCCUGUGACACUGGAAACAGUUCUGAGGUGCCUGCAGACCCGGUACAUGGCAGACAUGUUCUACACCAGUGCUGGCUGCACCCUGGUGGCUCUGAACCCCUUCAAGCCCGUUCCUCAACUCUACUCACAGGAGCUGAUGAAAGAGUACCAUGCUGCUUCUCAGCCCCAGAAACUAAAGCCCCAUAUCUUCACUGUGGGUGAACAGACCUACAGGAAUGUCAAGAGCCUGAUCAAGCCGGUCAACCAGUCUGUCAUCGUCAGCGGGGAGAGCGGUGCUGGAAAGACAUGGACAUCUCGCUGUCUGAUGAAGUUUUACGCUGUGGUGGCCACCUCACCCACGUCCUGGGAGAGCCACGCAGUGGCAGAGAGGAUCGAACAACGGAUCCUGAACUCCAACCCUGUCAUGGAAGCUUUUGGGAACGCGUGUACGCUGAGGAACAACAACAGCAGUCGCUUUGGGAAGUUCAUCCAGCUCCAGCUGAACAGGGCCCAGCAGAUGACUGGAGCUGCGGUCCAGACCUACCUCCUAGAGAAAACUCGAGUGGCCUGCCAGGCCCCCAGUGAGAGGAACUUCCACAUCUUCUACCAGAUAUGCAAAGGAGCCAGCGCAGAUGAGAGGCUCCAGUGGCACCUCCCCAUGGGAGCCACCUUCUCCUGGCUUCCCAACCCGGAGAGGACCUUGGAAGAGGAUUCUUUUGAGGUGACCAGAGAGGCCAUGCUCCAUUUGGGCAUCGACACUUCUACCCAGAACAGCGUCUUCAAGGUCCUAGCUGGGCUGCUGCACCUCGGCAAUAUCCAGUUUGCUGACUCAGAGGACGAAUCCCUGCCCUGCCAGCUGAUGGACGAUGCUCAAUGCUCUGUCAGGACAUUGGCCUCGCUGCUGCGGCUCCCAGAGGACAUGCUGCUGGAGACAUUGAGGAUUAGAACCAUCAAGGCAGGCAGGCAGCAGCAGGUGUUCCGAAAGCCCUGCUCCCAAGCUGAGUGUGGCACCCGCAGGGACUGUCUGGCAAAACUGGUCUACGCACGGCUGUUUGACUGGCUGGUUUUGGUGAUCAACAACAGCAUCUGUGCUGACCCCGACUCGUGGACCACUUUCAUAGGCCUGCUGGAUGUGUACGGAUUUGAGUCAUUUCCCAACAACAGUCUGGAACAACUGUGCAUCAACUAUGCCAAUGAGAAGCUGCAACAGCACUUCGUGGCUCACUACCUAAGAGCUCAGCAGGAGGAAUAUGCAAUCGAGGGCCUGAAGUGGUCAUUUGUCAACUACCAGGACAACCAGACCUGUUUGGAUCUUAUUGAAGGCAGCCCAGUCAGCAUCUGCUCCAUUAUAAACGAGGAGUGCCGCCUUAACCGGCCAAGCAGUGCAGCCCAGCUCCAGACACGCAUUGAGAGUGCCCUGGCAAGCAGUCCCUGUCUAGGCCAGAACAAGCUCAGCCAGGAGCCUAGCUUCAUCGUGGUGCAUUAUGCAGGGCCUGUGCGGUACCACACUGCAGGUCUGGUGGAGAAGAACAAGGACCCAAUCCCUCCUGAGCUGACCAAGCUCCUGCAGCAAUCUCAGGACCCCCUGCUCAAGGUUCUAUUUCCUGCUAAUCCCAGAGAGAAGUCCCAGGAGGGGUCUGCUGGCCAGACCAGGACUUCUGUGUUGACCGUGGUGUCUAAGUUCAAGGCCUCCCUGGAGCAGCUCCUGCAGGUCCUGCACAGCACCACACCCCACUACAUUCGCUGCAUCAAGCCCAACAGCGAGGGCCAAGCACAGACCUUCCUCCAGGAGGAGGUGCUGAACCAGCUGGAGGCCUGUGGCCUUGUGGAGACCAUCCAUAUCAGUGCUGCCGGCUUCCCCAAUCGGGUCUCCCACCGGAAUUUUGUGGAACGGUAUGAACUGCUGCGAAGGCUCCAUCCUCACAUGUUCUCUGGCCUCCACAACCCAUCUGCUGCCAAAGGACGCUCAGGAGGGCCUCCCCACGCCGAGGCCGCACUGCAGCCUCUUCUCCAGGACAUUCUCCACAUACUGCCAGCUCUAACCCAGGCAGCAGCCACUCCUGAGGACCCUGCGGAGGCCAUGCCAGCCCCAGUGCACUGUGGCAGGACCAAAGUGUUCAUGACAGAUGCCACGCUGGAGCUUCUGGAACGUGGGCGUGCCCAGGUGCUGGAGCAGUGUGCCCGCUGCAUCCAGGGUGGCUGGAGGCGACACCGGCACCGCAAGCAGGAGAGGCAGAGACGAGCCGCCAUGCUCAUCCAGGCAGCCACUCGCUCCUGGUUAACUCGGAAACACAUCCAGAGACUGCACAUAGCUGCCACAGUCAUCAAGCGUGCCUGGCACAAGUGGAAAAUUAGAAUGGCCUUCCUUGCUUCUAAAGAACUGGAUGGUGUGGAAGAAAGACACUUGCCCCCGGCUGCCUGCUCCCUGAGCUCUACACCACUGUCCCCGGUGCAGACCCGGCUCCUGGGGGCAAUAAUUCACCUCGGGCCCCUGGGGCUGGUCCUGGCCAACGCAGCUGUGGGUGUGCGCGGCUUUCAGAGGAAACUUGUGGUCCAGGCCUGCCUCCAGCUCCCCUCAGGCAGCCCCCAUGGGGUCACCAUCCAAAGAGCACAACAUGACCAGGCUGGGGUCACGUCCAUCCGCGCGCUGCCUCAGGGUUCGAUAAAGUUUCACUGCAGAAGGUCUCCACUGCGCUACGCUGACAUCUGCCCUGAACCUUCACCCAACGGUGUUACUGGUUUUAAUCAGAUUCUGCUGGAAAGACACAGGCUGAUCCAAGUGUGAUCUCUUCUUGCCCUCUAGCUCACCUGGCUGGGUGAUCCUUAGUGCCUGUUUCUAGAAGGGCUUUUUCUGCCAGCUGCCUUGCCAAAGACAUUUAGUCAACACAGAGCAGCCAAACUGUUCCCACAGCAUUUAGAAAUGAACCUGUAAGCGUGUUGGCUCCGGCCUCAAAGUCAGGGCUGCAGUAGCUGAUGCACCUUCUACAUACCACCCAAGUAGAACAGGGUGUCAGGGUUGGCAGUUUUCAACCAGGAUCAAGAAACCUCAGGGCCAGGAGAAUGUCUCAUUUCACUACAUUCAAAAAGCCAACUCAGCAGUAGACAGGACUGUCCCAGAGUGUUGUCACUACAGCUGACUACCCCGAUUCUCCACAAGCAUUUCUGGAAGAAAACAGGCAGUCAGCCUGAAAUUGGCUAUAAAAUUUUGGCUAGGGGAAAUUUUUCAUUUAGUUCCUUUAAUGAAACUUUAAUAUUUAAUAUAAUAUUAAAUGAAUAAAUCAUAAACCAAGGAUGAAAUGAUGCAAUGUACAACAGAACCAUAUCUUGAUUUUAUUUAAUAACAAAGUUUUUAACUCAAAUGGGUAUAAAAAUUGGUAAAUAUCAGACAUAAAGGCUAUCUUAACUGUACCAAAAAUAAAACACUUAAAAACAACCAUAUGAAUGUCAAGUUUUUCUCUCCAUAAAGGGUCUGCCACUUUGAUAUUUCA